ACCAGAGGUUGAAGAGAGCAACGCAAAUAAAAACCUGUCACUGGCAAUCCAGAAAUCACUCGCAGCGCCUCUUUUAAUAAACUUCUAGCCGAGGCACUCGAACGACUUGAGCCGAAGCCAGACUCGCAUAAACGCAGCUGAUGUCUGCGGGCUGAGAGAGGGGGAAAGAGAGGCGCCCAACCCAUUUCUUUUGUGCCGAAGCGCCUGUGAUUUCAUUCAGCUUUUCCCGGGCUGCUACUAUAAUGGGCUCUUUCGCUUUGAACCGCUCUUGUAUCCGCGACUCGUUUUCCGCCGGUUAAACCGGAGCCGCCUUUUUCUUUUUCUUUUUUUUUUGAGUUGGCAGCAGUUCGGGAACUGGCUGAUGAAAUUUCUCGCCGAGCAUCUGGACGGGUCCCAAUGAAAAUGCACGGGAGAAACAGGUACAACCUGGUGGACGAUGUGGCGGAUUCGCGGGUCCCGCUUCACAACGAGGAAGCGUAUCAACACGGAAUACACUUCCAAGCCAAGUAUGUUGGCAGCCUGGAUGUCCCGAGACCCAACAGUCGAAUGGAAAUUGUCGCUGCCAUGAGAAGAAUCAGGUAUGAGUUUAAAAUUAAGAACAUCAAGAAAAAGAAAGUCAACCUCAUUGUGUCAGUGGAUGGUGUCAAGGUGGUUUUGCGCAAGAAGAAAAAGAAACAUGACUAUAGCUGGGAUGAAAGUCAAGUGACACUGGCCCAGGACCCCAUUUUCAGAAUAUUUUACGUCUCUCAUGACUCACAGGACCUGAAGAUAUUCAGUUACAUAGCAAGAGACAAGAAAAGCAAUGUGUUCCGCUGCAAUGUCUUCAAAUCGAAGAGAAAGAGUCAAGCCAUGAGGAUAGUGCGGACCGUGGGUCAGGCGUUUGAGGUGUGCCAUAAACAGAGUCUAGACAACGCUGACGCAUGGCUUGUGAAAGGUGAGGAAGAGAAAAGCAAAGACGAGACUUCAGUUGCUGGCGGCGUCACUGAGAUGUCAAGCAACACUGGGCUGGAGAAAGAUGAAAAGGUGUGUGAAGAGCCGGUGAUGGAGUCGUCUCCUCUGUCCAGUCCUCUGUCCGUGAGCCAUCAGGUGCAGCUCCUGCAGAGAGAGUUACAACAGCAGGAGCAGAGGAGCCAAGCCGCCUCCGCACAGGUGGUUCUGCUGCAGCAGCAGCUGUCGGUGGAGACCAGCGCCAGGACCGAGGCUCAGGCUAGAGUCCAGCAGCUCCUGCAGCAGAACACUGAACUCCUGCAGCAUCUCUCACUGCUGGUCAAACACGUCCAAGAGCUGGAGCUCCGCGCUCGGCCACACAAAAACUCCCCCUUGGGAUCUCAAGACAGCCUUCUGGAAAUCGCCCUGCGUGCCAACAUGCCGGCUGUGUCGCGCGACCCCAAACCGAAUCCUCCCUCGAGCGCUCGCGAGGGCUUCCCUCUCUCAAACGGCCUCGCUCGGCUCGACGGCUUCUGUUUCUUCUCAGGAUCUUCAGAGCGGGAGAAGAAGCCGGAGCAGGACCGUGACUCAGGACAGGGUCAGGAUGAAGAUCAGUCGGGUGGUUGCUCUCCUCCAGGGAACCAGUUUCUCUGCACACUGGACACACCGGGAUUCAGAGAGUCCGGUAUCGCAUCCGGAUAUGAGUCUAACACUGAUGAGAGUGAUGACCGGGACAGCUGGGGCCACUGACUGUGUCUGUGUGUGAGACUGUUGCUGCUGAAACAGCUCACUUCAGCUUUUGCAUUGCAGCUUCAGCUGUCAGAAUUCAUAUACAAAUACAUACCAAAAUAUAUAAAUAUGUAUUAAAUAUAUUUAAUAGUUAUAUAAUAAUUAAAUUAUGCAGAUCCCAGCCAGUGGGUGACCAGGUUGUCCUAAUCAUCCUCAAAAAAUUGUUGUACAGGUUGAAAUUAGCAUAAAAAGCAUAAUAUUCUGCCCUCAUGUUGUCCCUCAUGUUGUCACAAACAUGCAAAUAAUUUUUUCUCCAUACAAUGAAAGUCAGUGGUUUUUAUUUAGUGUUUUUUUGGACCCUACUGACUUUCAUCACAUGGACAAUACAUAUAUUUAACUAAGACCUUUUUCAUAAUAUAUUAUUUAAAUUUUUUAAUAAAUUCAAAUAGUUUCAUUCUGCAAGGAUGCAUUAAAUUGAUCAAACAUUACAGCAAAUACAUUUAUAAUGUUAAAUAAUAAUAAUAAAAUAUAUUCCAAAUGUCUAAUUUUAUGUAUUUAUAAGAUCUCUUUUCAACUUUCUAGCAUCAGCAUAUUAGAAUGAUUUCUGAAGGAUUACCGCAGUGGACACUUUACAGGCAUACAUAAAUACAUUUAAUGCCAAUUUUAUUUUAACUGUUUACUUUUUAUUGUACACGUUUUAUAAUGUUCAUCACAAUGCUAUGCUUGUUGGAUUGUUGUUUUUGUGAGCAUUUCAUGAUUUGUUUGCCAGUAUUACUAAUGUCAGGCUUGACUAUGUUGCAGCAGUACUAAAGCGAAAGACCAGAAAUGAUAAAGAACAUGUUAAACUCAAUGUGUAAGCAUGUUUUACCUUUACUGUCAAUUUUGCAGCUGAGCAGCUUGAACUGUUACACAGUUAUACCAAUGUCAAAACACAAGUGAAAGUAUUUGUGCAAUAAUGUCAUAUGGUGUUUAUCAGCCUUCUUUCUCUAUUACUUUUUUAUUUCUGUUUCUUAGGAUGAGUGUAGCAAGUAAUACUAACACUGCAUAUUUUGUGCUAAAAUCUUGUCUAAAGGCUGCUGUGUUGUAGCAUUUGUUUUUCUUUAAAUAAAUUAGUGUUGGUGGAUCUUAGUUCAUUUUACCCUUUGUAAUAAAUGAAACUCAAUAAAUGAAAGUCAUUUAAGA